CUCUCUUGGUACUCCCUCCGCCGGCGCGGUAACCUUCUCUCUCCCGCUCGCCUCUCGCCUGCGACUGCGGCCGCCGCGAUGGCCUCGUCGUCGGCGACGAGGGAGGUUCUCAUGCUGGAGGCCCCGCCGUCCAACCCCGUGGGGUCUCCGUGGCGCGCGCCGCCGGACGCCGAGGCCGUGGACGCGCUGCCCUACAUCGACGGCGACUACGGCGACCCGGCGGUGAAGCGGGAGGUGGACCGCCUCGUCGAGGAGGAGAUGCGGCGAGGGAAACGCAAGCCCGCCGACUUCCUCCGCGACCUGCCCCCCGUCCCCGCCGCCGGAUUCGAGAAUCAUCCUAUGCUCGCUAAAGAGUACGAACGAGUUAGGGCUGGCAAACCUCCUUUUAUGUUAGAUAUGUCCCGCUAUGGUUUGGAGCCACCUCCAAUGAACAAGCGGAAUGAUGUCGCUGCCUGGAGGCAGGCUUUACGAAAUGCUCAGAGCCAGCUACAGCAUCAAAUUAUAAGGAUAGAGAAUCUGGAGCUUAUGCUGAAGUAUGGUGUUGAGGUUUGGAAGCUUCAGAACAGACAAAUGGAAUCAGUUUUGUCUAGGAUGCAAAAGAUGGCUGUAGAAUACAAUGAAAGGAUAGAAACUGUCAACCGUGAGAGGAAAUUCCACCAGCAAAACACUGGAGGACAGCUCCAUGCCCUGACAAUAGAAUGGCAAGAGCUGUGUCAAAAGAACAUAGCUAUUCAAACUGCCUGUGUUGAUAUGCAGAAUCACAUUGAUCAACUUAAACUUGAGGCGAAAGAACUGGGAUUGCCCAUGGAUGACAAGGAUGAAACUAACUGACAAGCAUCCUGAGGAGUUUGAGAUUGUGCCAGUUGCUGCAGUGGGCUGGGCACCAUGCAUGCAUCCACAGCAUCAGAAAUUAAAUUCAGAAUCAGGCGCAUUCAGGUCUGAUCCAGUGCUUCACAUGACACGCAUGCAUGGGGACGUGGGAGAGGCUUGAGCCGCCGGCCUUCCUCCUUUUUUUAGGACAAAUAACCGGCCUUCCUGGGUUGCCCGUUGCUGUGCUCAUCGAUCUGUGCUACCAGUUCGAAUAUGUACUCGCAGCUUCAUCUCCCAAUGCAAGACUCUAAUAGAAUUUCGUGUCAUCUUUUAGGGUGUUCUUCUAUUUUUUUCUUAUAAAUUUAAUUAAAAUUUUAUUACUAGACUCGAUUUGACCAUUAGUCUGAGGAUAAUAUAGAGAUGCAUUGAUAAGAUUAAUUUUUAAUGACUCAGCAAUUUAUGUACAUGAUGUGACAUGAAUGAAGUACCUUGAUAUGUA